AUGGCGGAAAUCGGAGGGAUGCUCGCCGCUGCCGUCCUCAAGGCGGCGGCCGGAAAGGUGUCAGCCGCCGCUGCAGAUCGGGUCAUGCUGCAGUGGAGAUUCGACGACGACCUGAGGGACAUGAUGGAAUCAAUCGAGGCGGUGCUCGACGACGCGGAGAGGCGCUCCAUCAGUGAAGCGUCGGUGCGGGUGUGGCUCAAGCGCCUCACCACAGCCUCCUACAGCAUAUCCGACAUGUUUGAUGAAUUCGAGGUCAAUACUAGCAGGAAAUCGGCUUUAUGGAAGUUCAAAGUUCUAAAUCCCUUUCUCACACUUGCUUCUGAGAUUGGUAUGGCUGCUAAGAUGAAGAAGGUUAGGGAGAAACUGGAGAAUAUCUCAAAGCAACGGCACGAAUUCAGUUUUACGGCAGGCAACAGCUCGUAUGCACAGCAAGUUAUUGAUGAACGUGAAACAAAGUCAGAGGUGGUAGAAGCAGAUAUCCUGGGAAGGGAUCAAGAGAAACGGAGAGUAAUAGCACUUUUAACUAGAGCCAGCACCUCAUCAGAGUUCAUUAUCCUUCCUAUAUACGGCAUUGGAGGUAUUGGGAAGACAACGUUAGCACAACUGCUUUUCAAUGAUAAGUAUUUCAAGGACUAUGAGAAAGCAUGGGUAUAUGUUUCCCAAAUAUUUGAUUUGAAAAAAAUUGAUGACACUAUAAGAUCACAACUUCAGAAGGAUCAGAGGCAGCUAACCGACAUGCAAGAGCCAGAUGCUGAUCCACCACUUCCUAAGAAGAUUCUGAUCGUUUUGGAUGACUUGUGGGAGAACGAUGACUUUAAGGUUGAUGAUCUAAAGCAUACCCUGAAAAGGGUUUUGAAUGGAUACAAAAUUGUUGGAUUUGAAGGAAGAGCAGACAGAGGAAGGUUAGAAGAUAUAGGAAAGGAGAUUGCAAUGAAGUGUGGAGGUGUGGCACUAACAGCUCGAGCUCUUGGGUACAUGCUGAGAUCCAGGAAUUUUUUUGGAUGGGUUUCUGUAAAAGACAAUGGAAUAUGGAAUGCUUCUGCGACAGGAUAUACACCUUCGCCAUAUGACAAUGUUCUUGCAUCCUUGAAAUUAAGCUACAUAAGUAUGCCGCCAUUCCAAAGGCUUUGCUUUGCUUAUUGUGCAAUCUUUCCUAGGGGCCACAAGAUGACUAAAGAUGACCUCAUUUAUCAAUGGGCUGCUCUUGGUUUUAUUAAACCGUCUAGUGAAGUGUCCACCUGGCUGCAUGGCGAGAGCUGCAUUAUGAAACUAUCAGGGAUGUCAUUCUUGCAACAUUCAAGAUCCCCUUCGUCUUAUGGGCAACUCGGCGAAAAUGCUACAUUAUUGACGAUGCAUGACCUUGCAAGAUCGAUCAUGAGGGAUGAAGUUCUUGAUGGUGGCAGAGAGUGCAAUAUUGAGUGGGGCAACUACCGUUAUGCGCUACUUGCAGAUUGCAGGAAGCCAUUGAAUUUUUUUGAAACUUGUCAUGACAACAUUAGAGCCAUUCGUUUUCUGGAAAGUGUCAAAAUUGAGCGUGAUGCAGCUGAAAUUUCAACUGCUAAGUACCUGCGAGUCUUGGAUUUUGGAGAAUGUUCCAUACAGAACUUGCCGCCUUCUAUUGGUCAACUAAAGCUAUUGAGGUAUCUCAAUGCUCCAGGCAUCAAAGAUGCAGUGAUUCCCACUUGUUCAGAAAUUAGAGAACUGCCAGAAUCAUUUGGGAAGCUUAGAAACUUGGUGCAUCUUGAUUUUUCGAAAUGCUCUCAUGUUAAAGAGUGCUCAUUUCUGGAAAGGCUCCCUGAAGCUUUGGGGAGCUUCACUGAACUCAACUAUUUAAACCUAUCAGGUUGUAAACAGUUGGAAGAAUUACCUAGGUCAUUUGGACAGCUUAGAAAUUUGGUUCAUUUGGAUUUAUCUGAUUGCUAUCAGGUAAAUCGUAUACCAGAUGCCUUGCGUGGUCUUACCAAACUCCAAUAUUUGAAUUUAUCAAGGAGAAGUUAUGCACAUUACCAGCCAACUCUCCAAGGGCUGUCGGAAGUAACCAGAGAACUCACUGAACUCCGGUAUUUGAAUUUAUCAGGGUGUGUAGACUGUACUUGUAACCCUCAAACAAAGGAAGCAGAAGGUGGAGAAGUCUCAGAUAACACUGGUGGUUUCCUUGACAUUAUCAGCGCCCUUUCAAAUCUAGAACAUCUAGAUUUGUCUCAUAAUCUUACUCUUUAUACUAUACCUGACAAAAUUUGUGGCCUCCGAAAGCUACAUACCCUGGACCUCAGUUGCUGCCGUAAUCUGGAAAGCGUACCCGAAAACAUAGGUGACAUGGAGAGCCUGAAAUGUCAACAAAGCAGCAAUCUUCUUCUCCUUAAAGAUGUCACUCCUCCUGAGUUGGAGAUAAGUGCCCUUGAAAAUGUAAGGUCCGUAGAAGAGGCACAGAAAAUAAAAUUGAAGGACAAACUAAGUAUGGUAAUACUGAGACUUUAUUGGACAGGUGAAAAGGAAAGAUUUGUGGAGGACAUGGAAUUAUUGAGAGAGUUCGAGCCACCAAGCAGUUUAGAAGAGUUUGAGCUAAGAGGUUACAACAGUGUCAGCUUUCCUACAUGGUUAAUGGACAUUGCUAUUUAUCUCCCUAAUCUUGUCAGAGUCAAGUUGGAUGGCUUGUCCCACUGCAGUAGCCUACCACCACUUGGCCAGUUACCGAAUUUAAAACAUGUUAAUCUCACAGCAAUGCACAGCAUUUUGAAGAUUGACAGAGGCUUUUGUGGUGGCGUAAACGCAUUCGCUCGAUUGGAGGAAAUUUUCAUAUACAAUAUGGAAAGCCUAGAAGAGUGGAGUACGGUGAAUUCCUAUGGUGAUGGUGAGGAUGUUGCGGAUGAUCAGUUCAUGUUCCCCAACCUCAAGUUCCUAAGGAUAUGUCGAUGCCGCAAGUUGAAGUUGAACCCAUGUCCGCCAAGAGUAAAUGGAACCUGGCACAUAAUAGAUAGCAAUGGUGUCCUGCUGCAAUGGGAAGAGACUUCUCGCAACUCCUCCCUUGCUUUGGUACAAUGCUUGAGGGUCACAUCCUGCAGGGCUCCUAUGCAUCACUGGAAGUUGCUUCACCACCUUCAUGGGCUCAGUGAGUUAGUUCUCGAGUAUUGUGGUGAUCUAAGUUGCUCGUCAGAGAUCAUUCAAGUCCUUGGUUCCCUCCGAGAACUUACCCUGAACUCUUGUGGUAGCAUGAGCAUGACAUCACUACCGGAAUGGCUUGUAGACCUCACCUCUCUCCAAACAUUGAAGAUCAAGGGGUGCCGAAGCCUGAAUAAAUUGCUAGUGAGCAUGCGACCCCUGAGCUCUCUUCAGUCAAUGUCUUUGUAUGGUUGCCCGGACAUUCGAGCACUGCCAGAAUCGUUAGGUGAUCUUGUGUCUCUGAACAAUCUGGAGAUUUGUUUCUGUGAGGGCAUAGUGUCCUUGCCGAAAAGCAUGCAACAACUCGUCAAUCUUGAAAGACUAACCAUUUGUGGUUGCCCCGCAUUAGAGCAUUGGUGCGAAUUACCUGAAAACAAGAUGAAGAUUAGUCACGUCAAAGUGGUAUGUUCUGUAUUACUAUACUAUCGGCCCUAUUUAUUUGGUUCUAAUUAUUUCCACUGA